UAUAUGCUCAUUCAUAUGAAGCCUACAAUACAUACCAAAAAAGUUGGGACAGGAGCAUGCUUAUCCACAGACGAAGGAAGGUGUUUUAAGUUGGGGAUGCUAAAAUUUUAAGCAGAAUACAGGGGAUGUGACCAUUGACAUCGUGCAAAAUUAUUUGCCCACCCGCCCUCUUUUUUUUUUGCUAAUCUACAUGAAACAGAAUGUGUCAUACAGUGCUAUAAUGAUAUAUAUAACACAAUAUGACAGUAUAUACAUCUAAUUGACACAUCACACCACUGCUCUCUUGUUCUUGGGCAAACACUGAACUAAGCAGCAACCAUCAGCAGGAGAUAUAAAAUGUUAUUAUUAGAUUAGAUUAUUUUUUUUAUGAACAAUAUUAGUCUGCUUUGGUGCUCUGGACUGGCCUAUAACUCUGCACAGACAUUCCCUCUUUAAACCUCAACCUGCAUGUCUUGCGACUACCCCUGAAAGUGGCCAGUUGUUUUUGGCUCACUUUACAAGUUCAGAACAUAUUUUUAUUCUUAACAGUUGCAAUCCUGAAAUCAGGGGGUGCUGGAUUCCCAGUAAUCCAGUUUUGAAAGUGAAAUUUUUUGCCAUUCUUCAGUUAUGCAAGUCUUCAGCUGAAUAACUGCAUGGGGCCUUUGCUGUAUUUUGCACUUCAUAGUGUUCUACACAUUUUCAGUAGGAGACAAGCAGGCCAGUCUAGCAGCUGCACUCUCUGAUUAUAAAGCAAUGUUGUUGUAACAGUAUUACAAAAAGUUGCCUCUUUAGACCACAAUUCAUGUUCUCGCUGUGCAUCAGACAAUUUCAGAUGAGCUCCAGUGUAGAGAAGUCAGCAGCAUGUCUGGACGUUGUUGACAUAUGACUUCUUCUGUGCAAACCCUUAACUUGCAUUUAUAGAUGCAACGAUGAACAGUGAUCACUGUCAAUGGUUUGUCAAAGUAUUCUCAAGCCCAUGCAAUGAUAUGAAUCACAGAAGCAUGCCAGUUUUUAAUGAAGUGUCAUCUGUGGGACUGAAGGUCACAGGCAUUCAGUUGUGUUUUUUUUUGGCCUGUUUUUUGCAGUGAUUUUUCCAGAUUUCCUGCAUUUUUAAAUAAUAUUAUGCACUGUACAGAGUAAAAUACCUAAAACCUUGCCAAAGCUCAGUAAAAAAGCUUGUUUUCAAAACAGUAAACUAUUUGCUGAUGCAUUUUUGGCAAAGUGGCGAGCCUCAACCCAUCCUUGCUCAUAAAGGACUAGGCCUUUCCUAUAUGCUCCGCUUAUACCCAAGUACGAUAACAUCACCUUCUUAAAAUUUUAACUAUUCUUAAAUUGCUCCUGUUCCAACUUUUUUGGAAUGUGUUGCAGGCAUCAGUUUCAGAAUAAGCACACAUUAACAAAAAAUAAUGAAGUUGAUAAGAUAAAACAUUAAAUUGUAGCAGAUUUCAUUAUUUUUAUUCAUAAACUGAACAGAACUCUUGUGACAAAGCUAACCUUUUUGACUUAACAUACAAAGAGAAACCACCACGCGCCAGGAUGUCUGGUCAAAAUCUGACCAACCAGGUUUAGGGCCCCAGAAUCCUCUGAGGACUCUCUCAACCCCUUCAUCUCACCAUCUUUCUCACCUCAUUGCAGCAUUGUGCAAAAGAGGAACACCUGACCUUAAAGAUCAAGAUAAGAUACACAAUGACCAGAUAACCCUGAGUCUGUAACACUAAUGGUUACAGACACAAAAUCACAAAAUCCCUUUUGCAAAUACUCUAGGAAAGGAUCCAUCUCCCCCACUACCCUCUGCACAUAAGGUCAUAAAUUCCCUCAGGCCGCAAAUUCCUUCAGACCUUCCUUCAUAAUAGUUGUUACAGCUAUGAUAGCUUUCAUUAAAAUUAUUAUUUUGAUAGUUUUUACCUCAUUUGCAUUUAAAUAUAUUUCAGUGAAUUAUGUUUUAACUUCAUAUUUGCUUCCCCCUUUUUCUAAUCAUGUUCUCUUACUCCUCAAAGUAGAAUCGUGUAAGCAAAUUUGUAACUUGUGUAACAAUUUUCAUGCAAAAUGUAGUAAAUUUUGUAAUAGAGGUUCUGUCAUAAAUAUCCACUGGAAAUAUUAAUAUUAACUAGAUAACAUGCUCAGCAUUUCUUAUACUCUAUACUAUGUAACUUAUUUUUCAUUUAAGCAUUGUUUAGAGAUGUUAUAGUGCUGAUUAACACUAACUUUGGAAUUGUGUUCUUUUAUUAGAAAAUCUCAUUUCCUUUUUUAGUAACCAUGUUUCUUUUAGAAGAAUUGGGGUUAGAGGUUUCAAAUAGCUUUAUGUAACCAUUGUGUGAAAUCAGAGUACUUUGAGUAUAACAGAUUCUUUGUUUAUUAGUUUCUGGUAAUACUUACUUUUGAAACAGUAAUAAUGCUUAUAUAUGAAAUUAUGUGUUUAUAAUGUUCUUUUACUUAUUGCUAUGCUGCCAUGCUCAGAAAUAUAUGUAUGUGAAGUCAUUUUUUGGUGAAUUUGAGAAGAGACAAACAGGAAACAGAUAAUAGAUAUCAGAAAUAGAUAGAAGAAGAGCUCAUACUUUGCAGAUUUUUGUUUCAUGUCUCAGUUGAUCAUGUCUAUGUUCAUUUUUCUUCACUCACACACUGAUCUGACAGAAGUGUUGUUAAUUAUUAGACUCACUGCGCUUACUGCUAAUAGUCCAACCGAGCUGCAUUUGUUUCAAUUUCUGUCUAUUCACUUUGUGACUUUUGAAUGACCAGUGAUAGCUCAUUGCAAACCUUGAAAACAAAAAAAAAUGUAAGAAGUAUAAGAAGUAGAGUGAGGAAAGAAUGACAGGAGUAGUAGAGAAGUACAGAGAAGUAAUGAAGGCAGGAAGAAUCCAACAGCCAGGGCCUGGGAUCAGACACAGCAGUGCUGCUGGAGUCUUUAAACACUUGAGUGUCACUGCUGGACUGAGAAUAGUCCACCAACCAAAAACAUCCAGCUAACAGCAUCCUGUGACCACUGAUGAAGGACUGGAGGAUGACCAACACAAUCUAUGCAGCGACAGAUGAGCUACUGUGUCUGACUUUACAUCUACAAGGUGGACCAACCAGAUGGUUGUGUCUCAUAGAGCGGACAGUGAGUGGACACAGUGUUUAAAAACUCCAGCACCACUGCUGUGUCUGAUCUGUUCGUACCAGCACAACUAACAGACUAACACACCACCACCACAUCAGUGGCUCUCUGUCCUCAAUAAAACCUGCUCUGUGAUGAUUCUGACCGUUAAAGAAUAGGAUGAAAAGGGGCUAACAAUGUAUGCAGAGAGACAGAAGGACCACAGUCUAUAAUUGUAGAACUACAAAGUUCACCUAUAAGUGUCUGAACUGAGGAUUGUUCUUCUGGGGAAGGACAGCUCAGAGAUCAGCAAAGUGGGAAACUUCAUCCUGGGCAGAGCAGUGUUUGAUACUGAAGCACCUCCUCCUUCAGUAGAGCAGCACAGUGAGAGAGCCAGAGGAAAUGUGGAGGGAAGAUACAUCACCCCCAUCAACACUCCUCACCUGUUUAAUCCUGAACUCUCUAUAGAGGAAAUGUAUCACAGAGUGAAAGAGUGCAUGUCUCUGUGUGCUCCUGGACCUCAUGUUAUAGUGCUGGUUCUGCAGCCAGACGACUUCACUGAGACAGACAGAGACAGACUGUAUCACAUCCUUCACUCUCUGUCUGAGGAGCCUCUUAAACACACUCUGGUGCUGACAACACAUUCAGGUACCAGUGUAGAUCUAGUUGAUGAGAAUGUCUUUCAGAAGAUCAUUACAGAAUGCGGUAACAGGCAUUUUGAGUUUAGAAGUGAAUGCAGUCGUUCUGCUCUUGUGGAGGUGAUGGAGAAGAUGGUUGAAGAGAAUGGAGGGAAUCACCUUCAGUGGGAGGAAUAUGAGGAUGCUCCACCAGCACCAGCGCAGCAAGAGCAUGAACAAACAACACAGAGAGUGUCUGAAGAAACAGUGUGUGAAAAGAACACCAUGGAACAAUCAGGACAAGCAUGGGGAUUUUUCCAAGCAUUUUUCCAGAGAUUAAUUCGUCAAGGUAGACCUUCUCAUGUGCCUCAGAGCCUGAACUUGGUUCUGUGUGGGAGUGACGGAGCAGUGAAGGCCUCCAUAUCAGAUCUCAUACUGGGUCAGAGAGAGCUCAGUCCAGAGUCCAGCUCAGUAUGUGUGAGGAGGGAGGGAGAAGUGUGUGGACGUCUGGUCACUCUGGUGGAGAUGCCAGCCCUCUACAACACUCAGCUCUCAGAGGAGGAAGUGAUGCAGGAGACUCUCCGCUGUGUCUCUCUCUGUGAUCCUGGAGUUCAUGCUUUUCUCCUCAUCAUUCCUGAGGGUCCCCUCACUGAUGAAGACAAAGGAGAAAUAGAGAAGAUCCAGAGAAUCUUUGGGUCCACAUUCAACAACUACACCAUGUUCCUCAUCAAUACAGUGACUGAGAAUAAGGAAGUGAAGUUAGAUGAUACCAUUAAAAAUAUUGUGGAAACAUACAGAGGACAUUUUUGUGUUUUGGAUGCCAACAUAAAUUCAGUGCUUUUACAGCAAGUUAAGAAGAUGGUGGUACAAAACUGUGAAUCCUGCUAUACAACAGCCAUGUAUCUGGAUGCACAGGUGAAAACACAACUGAAAUAUAAGUCUGAGAAUGAAGAAUUGAAUGACACAGUCAAUUUCCUAAGGAAAGAAAUUAAAAAACAAACACAAGAGUUCUCACCAGAUAGAGGAGAUCUAAGGAUUGUGCUUCUGGGGAAGACAGGAUCAGGGAAGAGUGCCACAGGAAACACCAUCCUGAAGAUGAAAGCUUUCAGAGAGUUACCUUCCUCUCAGUCAGUUACAUGUGUGUGUCAGAAAGAAUCAGCUGAAGUCAGAGGGAGACGGAUCUCUGUGAUUGACACUCCAGGACUGUUUGACACAAAUAUUCCUAAUGAAGAGAUCAUGAAGGAAAUUGCUAAGUGCAUCACCAUGGCAACUCCAGGUCCACACGUCUUUCUGCUGGUUCUUACAGUGGGACGCUUCACACAAGAGGAGAAAGAUGCAGUGAAGAUGAUCCAAGAACUGUUUGGUGAUGAAUCCAGAAGAUACACCAUAGUGCUGUUCACCAGAGGAGAUGAUCUACGGGAAACAACCAUUGAAGAAUUUAUUAAAACUUCUGAGCACAGCCUUCAAAACAUCAUUCAUCAGUGUGAUGGCAGAUAUCAUGUGUUCAACAACAGAAAUCCUGAAGACCGCAGUCAGGUCUCUGAACUACUGAAGAUGGUCGACUCCAUGGUGGCAGAGAAUGGAGAUAGAUGUUACACUAAUGAGAUGUUCCAGCAGACAGAGAAAGCUCUACAACAAGAACAGAAGAGGAUAAUGAAGGAGAAACAGAGGGAUGUAGAAAGAGAAAAAGAACAACUGAAAGCCAAGCAUGAAACUGAAAUUAAAAAAAUGAAGGAGAUGAUGGAGGCUGAGAGGCAAAAAUUGGAAAAAGAAAGGAGAGAAAAGGAGGAAGAGUUUAAAGAGAAAGAAGUGCAAAUAAAGAAGGAGACAAACGAGGAACAUAAAAAAGAAAUGGACCAAAAACUUAGAGAACAGCAAGACACCUUCAAUAAGGAGAUGGAAAGAAAAGACCAGGCCCAUGAAAAACAGAUGCAGGAAGACUUGAAAACCCUCAAAGAAAAUUAUGAGUGGGAAAAGGAAAAUAUUAGGAGACAGGAAGAGGAGAAGGCGAGGCAGCAAGCUGUAAAUGAAUUCUGUGAUAAACUGGAGGAACAGGUGGCCAAAGCCAGAGAAGAGGGCAAGAAAGAGGGCUAUGAGAAGGCAGAGAGAGAGGGUAAACAGGUUCAAAUAGGAAUGAUAAUAGGAGCAACUGUAGGAGCAACCAUAGGAGCAUUUGGAGGGCCAGGAGGCUUAGCUGCAGGAGGAGCAGUAGGUGGAUUCGUUGGUAAUUUAGUGAGUAAAAAGUAAUACAUAAAUAAAAAUAAUUCUGUAUGUUACAGUGCUUUUAUCGUGGGUAACCACCAUAUAAAAUCACUGUAACACACAGUCUUAUCGUGGCCCAGCUCUAUUAAAACAGCGGACAACAUAAAAUAUGAUUAAAUAUAUAAUUUAUCAAUAAAUAAUUUGUUAUUAUCAAUAAUAAUCAAGAUAAACAAGUAUUCAGCCAAGAAAUGUAGUUGGUUUACAGGAUGUUGCCAAGCAACCAUGGAGAGAGGGCAAGGACGUUCAGUCGCCCAUUAUUGUAUAGCAGUCAUUUCAUGACCUUUUGAACUUUUUGUGAUAUAAUAAUGAAAAAUCAUAAUAUAGAAAUGCUGGGGCUGAAUCUCAAAUGGCUCCCUAUAUAGUGCACUAAGUAGGAAUUGACAUAUUGCCUGUUGUGUUUUUUGUCUUGUUUUCUAUACUUUUCACUUAUUUUAGUUGUUGUGUAUUGUUAAGCAGUGUUAAUGAUGAAGCUGGGUUCUCCUGACUGGCUCACUAUAUUUUGUUUUCAUGGUUUGAAGAAUAAGAGCGCUCAGUUAUUUUACAACAUUUCUAAGGACAGGAAUAGAGCACUUUUUCUGA